AUGACUUGCUUCACGUUUUUGGUCUGGUCAACGCCGUGCACCUUUUUAAAUUUUUUUUAUUAUCUCCCCUACUGAGCGAACUUAUUCUCGGGACAAAUUUCUGGAUGGGGAGCAUAUAUAACGGGAAUCUGCAUCCAACUUUGUCUAUCUUUAAAUCGAUUCAUUGUCACUUACUUUCCAUUUUUAUCAAAUGGAAAAAACAAAUUUCUCAACAUCCGCAAGGCUGUGGCUACGUUUACUUUAUUGAGCGUCUUUCCUGGGCUCCAGAGAAUUCACAAAAUUUUAUCUUCAUUCUUACAAUGGCAUUUGUUUCUAAUUUAUCCAACGUCACGACAUUCAUCAAGCUUAUGGACAUUCUAACCGAAUGUAUAUUUAGACUCGGCAGCACGCAAUGUUCAUAACACGAAGUGAGAACCUCUCGAGACAAGGACGUUUGAUGUUUGCACAGAGCGUGAUUCAGGAUUGUUUGCACAUGAUCGACAUGUUAGCAUGCUACGUCAUUUACAAGUUCAACGACGCUCUCUGGUUCCCAUUUUUGCAUGUCCGGCGUUUGGCUCACAAUUCAUGUUUUUGACGGAUUCGUAAUGAUGAUCUACAACAUUCAUCCAUCAUUGUUCAAAUUAAAGCCUAACAUAAGACCAGCGACAAAUGCAUCUUCUUUAAAGUUUUUCUGA